GGAGGCAAGCAGGGAAGAGGGAGACCGGUUUGGCCAAUGGCCGUCACCUGGGUGAAUGACAAUAUGGCUUAGAUCAAGUCUGUGCAUGGAGUUCUAAGAAAUGCACAAUGUACUUGGAGACGGCCCUGCUAAGACUAGCUGAUGUGUUUUUCCAGUAACUAGACAGUGUGUUUUAGUAUUUGUGAAAAAUUUACUUUUUGAGCUAGGCAUGUUUCAUUCUCAGGCAUUCAGAAUAAAAGAUCAAACAGUAAUCACUCGCCCCCGAUGCUCUUUGGCAGCUGCUAAGGGAACAGCUCAUGCGUGGGCGCCCCGGGAGGGACUCGGAUGGACGUCAGCGUGGGCUCCACCCGUGUCUUUUCAUGUCCUUCUCGCACUACCGUACCCCCCGGCCCUCCCACCUUUACGGAUUUCAAAAGGAGCCCCGACACACAGAAUUCAAGAGAAUGUAGAGCAGAGGUGAAACUGGCCCUCUGGACACUGCCAGCUCACCUGAUGGAAGCAAGGUCACACCUGGAAUAGAAUUUUAAAGAAAUUCUAUGGGAGCUUAUAAAGAAGCUAUACAUUCUACCAGGUGCAGAUUUUUAUUUUUGUGUUAUUUUGUGUUUUGACUAGAUGAAUCAGGUUUAUUAUAAUUUAGAAAAAAUGUAAAUCGCCUCAGAAAUACUACCCAAAUUGACCCUACCUUGGGACAAAGUUUGUCCCUAGUACCUAGAGAGCCCCAGGUCCCUGGAUUAUGUCAUAAUCAGUGAUGUCACCAUUGGGGAAAUUCUCAAGCUGCCCUGUGGUUUAAGCCUUUCAGGCGUUGAAGCUAGUGGGAUCGAGAAACUUCCUGAGAGCAAGAUGGCCCUGGAUGGCACGUGGGCCCCGCAGGCAGCAGUCAUGGGGGAUGGGCCUGACAAGAAAAAGGGCGAACAGGCCCCCGUGAACACCCAGGCCCUGCAGACUGCCUCCCUGAAGGAAGGCCCCGCCAAGAGGGCAGUAUGGGUCCGCCACACCUUUUCCAAGCCAGAAGAACCCACUCAGUCGGCAGAAGUCAAGGAGAAGCCCAAGGUAAAGGUGACCAAGGCCGUGGUCAUGGACCUUGGCACUGGCUACUGUAAAUGUGGCUUCGCCGGGCUGCCAAAGCCCAGCCACAAGAUCUCGUCAACUGUGGGCAAGCCCUACAUGGAGACCGCCAAAACGGGGGACAACCGCAAAGAGACAUUCGUGGGGCAGGAGCUCCUCAAUCCAGAGGUUCAUCUCAAGCUAAUCAACCCUCUGCGGCACGGCAUCAUCGUGGACUGGGAUUCUGUGCAGGCGAUCUGGGAAUAUCUCUUCCAGCAAGAGAUGAAGAUCGCCCCGGAGGAGCAUGCGGUCUUGGUUUCGGACCCGCCCCUGAGCCCGCACACCAACAGAGAGCGGUACGCUGAAAUGCUGUUUGAGACCUUCCACACGCCUGCGAUGCACAUCGCCUACCAGUCCCGCCUGUCCAUGUACUCCUACGGCAGGACCUCCGGCCUGGUCGUGGAGGUCGGCCACGGCGUGUCCUAUGUGGUCCCCAUCUACGAAGGCUAUCCUUUGCCCAGCAUCACGGGACGGCUGGACUAUGCGGGCUCUGACCUGACAGCCUACUUGAUGGACCUGAUGAACAAUCAUGGAAAGCACUUCACCGAGGACCAGGUGGGCAUCGUGGAGGACAUCAAGAAGACAUGCUGCUUCGUGGCCCUGGACCCCAUCGAAGAGAAGAAAGUCCCAGCUACUGUGCACACGACCCAGUACACUCUGCCGGACGGGCAGCAGAUCAGCCUGGGCCAGGAGAGGUUCCUCUGCUCGGAGAUGUUCUUCAAGCCGUCUCUGAUCAAGUCCAUGCAGCUGGGCCUCCACACCCAGACGGUGUCCUGCCUCAACAAGUGCGACAUCGCCCUCAAACGGGACCUCAUGGGGAACAUCCUGCUCUGCGGGGGCAGCACCCUGCUCAGUGGUUUCCCCAACCGUCUGCAGAAGGAGCUGAGCAACUUGUGCCCCAAUGACAGCCCCCAGGUCAACGUGCUGCCUGGAAGAGACACUGCGGUGUGGACAGGUGGCUCCAUCCUGGCAUCGCUCCAGGGCUUCCAGGCACUGUGGGUCCACCGCUUUGAGUACGAGGAGCACGGGCCUUUCUUCCUCUACAGGAAGUGCUUCUAAACUCUGGGGAAGCGUGGUCGCUGCGGCUGCCCUGUGCCCACUCUGCCGGGUGAGCACCUCCCCGCACGCAGGGGGCUGAGCCAGCACGCUCACUGGGGCAGGAUUAAACAGUCCGUUCCCCUCCACAGCGUGUUUCUCUGCUUCCUGGCUUAACGAGAACGUACGUGCAGCUCUGCCUUAACGUAUACAUUUGCCGACACAAAAGCGGAAGUGGGGGGUGGAUGACAGAGGAAAAAGACAUGUGUCACAUGUUAACUGCUUAAAAAUUCUUGGGGGAAACUCACUCUAAAAUUGCACUGUCUCUUAUUUUGUGUAUUUCCCACUUUAGGAACCACUGCUUUGCUAAAAUCUGCUUGGAGGCGGGGUGUGAGGAUA